AUGCCACCUGUUCCCGAUGGAUCCGCCUCAGCCAUCUCCCGAGUCAUCCGCUUCGAUUACGCCGAUGAAGACUAUCUAACCAUCGCAUACGAAGCCUACCUCAAACGGUCCAAAUUACCGAAGUAUAACGGGAUUUUCUUUCCCACAUCAUACAUUCUUACGGGUAAUGCAAGUGCUCACGGCUGGACAUUGAUCGAAAAGACGACGGCGGCGCUAACAAAGAAGCAAUUGCCUUGGACACCGCUGGGCAAUGCUGCCGCCGCGAAGGCCAGCUAUCCGGUGUUAAGUGGGCCCCUAGCAAGUCCCAACUUCACCGGUUAUUGUAAUGACCAGGCAGGAUGGGUCGAUUCAAGCAAGGCUGUCAGCCAGCUUCAUGACGACUGUCUUGAACUGGGAGUCUCGUUUAUAUGCGGCCGGGCUGAAAUACUUGUCGGGCUUGACACUGACUCACAAAACUACAUCAAAGCAGUCCAGACUCUCGCUGGAACUUCGAUUCUAGGCGAUCACUCCGUCCUUGCCUCCGGCGCUUGGACCUCGGGGCUAGUAAACAUGCCCAACUCAGCACUGUCAACAGCUCAAGUAAUAGGUUCUACCCCCUCACAAAUACUGAGGUGA